AUGAAUCUGUGCCCUUUCUGUGACCCAGAAGCCAUGCGGGCUUGGUGCCCGGAAGGGCCAAAGAGGAAGACGCUGACACGUAUGUUCAAGGUGAUGCCGGAUGCUGACACCGUGGAAGCUGCUUUGGCGCGCAUCCCUGAAGAGUUCCAGGAGCACUUUCGCAAGCAACUGGAGCGGCAAAAAUGGUGCGGCGGCCUCGCCGACGAGGCUUGCAUUCUCGCAUUGCGUCCAAAGGGUGGUCGUGCGCGAGUCGAGCGAAGGGACGGUCGCUGCUUAUUCUGUGAUCCUGAUUCCCUCAGUGUCAAAUGCGCCACGGAGCAGGGGCGGAAGGUCGUCGCCAAGAAACUGGCAGAGAUGGCAGAAGCCAGCCGCAGACGAGCCAUGGAGGAUCGGAUUCCAGCAGAAUUGAGAGACGCUGUGAAUGCAUUGCUGAGAGGAAGCGUCGCCUGUCCGCGCCAGGUGGCCCGCGGCCUCGCCAGCGCGGUGACGGAGGAGGAACUGGACCAGCGGUGGAAGGCAGCCCUUGCAAAGAGUUCAACAUCCCGAGCGCCUGCAAACGCAGCAGACAAGGCUGCUCACCGCGCGAAAGUGCUGGCCGAUCGCGCCACGGCGCGGCGUCAUGCCGGCCGCAAGAAGGUCCGCGCCAAGCGCGGUGAGAGCGUCGACAACGAGACAGGCCUGCCUCGCGCAAAGAGGUCUGCGCGGGCUGCGGCGCUGGAGCGGUGGUGCCUCUACUACUCCUGGGCGCAGUGCCAGCAGUGCGGCAAGAUGCAGCCGCGGCAGCUGACGCAGCACACGCUCUUCAAGGACCAGAAGGUCACCAUCCCUGCACGCCAGUGCGCUCGGUGCAGCGCGACGCACAAACCUCCUGCCAUGAUGACCCUGGAGGACGUCCCAGCCGAGCUUCGCGGCCUCUCGGCAGCGGCGGCAGCGGCGCUCAGCCCCUUGGAGGUGGACGUGGGCCCGGAGAAGCGGGCCAAGUACCGUACUGGGUAUCGGGUGCAUGCUACCAUGAUGAGGCAGAAGGCCGCCUACAAGUACCUCCGCAUGAGUGAGCCCGCUGUUUACCGAGUCUUCGAUGCCGAGCACCGGGAAUUUGUGCAGGCGCACCCGGACGCAGACGAGACGCUUCGCCGGCGGCGCUUGCAAUUCAUCGAGCGCGAAGGCGUGGAGUGCGCCAUCUGGCCGUGCCUCUUCUGGCGCACGGACUUGACUUUCUCAGAUGAACGCGCGUCCGACCCUCGGCGGCAGCCGAGGGAAACCCUGGAAGAGGCCAUGUUUCCGAGAAGAAAUGCACAGGAGCCGGAGGCCGUGUCCGACGAGGACGAGGACGAAGCCAAGGAAGAAGAGGAUGAUCUGGUGCGGCACAGCGUCAAGAGGCUUUUUGCUUGCCUCUCCCUGGGCUUGCUGCUAGGCUUCACUGAGCAUUUUGAAAUCCUCCAGUACGUUUACGAUCUACACCUCUGGACAGAUUUGGGCUCCAAGCGCAACCUGGGCUACAGCGUGCCAACGCGCCUCAUGAUGGCGGGCGCAUCCUGGAGCCCGGUGUACUGGCGGCGGGUGCAGCUGGGACUCGUGGAUCUGGUGCGGCAGGUCGGAUUCCCGCAAUUCUUCUGGACGCUGUCGCCGUCCGAGUGGACCAUGCCCUAUCACAUCUACGUUCGCGACCGCAUGGAGAAGUUACUCAAGGAGCGGUUGCACCUCCCCGUAGAAGAAACUCUCCAUAUCGCGCACGUGCUGACACAAACAGCGAAAGGCUUCCUCAUGGGCGCCACCAGCGGCAAAGUGGCUUGGAAGGAUAAUGUGUUUCAUGUGCAAGACCCUCGUGGUCUGGGUCGCAGGUUGCACGCGUUCCUGCGGUUGGAGUUCCAGGGUGGAACCAGGAAGCUGCCGUCGCAGGACUACCAUGGGUCCGGGCGCGCGCACUUGCACAUGAUUGUCUUCGGCGCAGAGGACCUCAUUCGCAACCUUCCCAUCGACGCGACCGUCAGCGCCAGCCUGCCGAACUCUGAAGAAGACGUGGACAUGCACGGCUACGUGCUUGGUUCGCAGAUCGACCACGAGGGCGACAGCGGCCGCGAGAUCUGGGAGGCGCCCACCUGCUUCGAUGAGGAAGAGCGGUUCUGGCGACUGGCCCACUCGGAGGAGGACCACGACCGCGGGCUCCGCGCCUACGUCAAGGAUGUCUUGGACGCUCUGAAAUGCCACCAAGAUUUCUUGAUCGGCGACGACAAGGCCGGCAUGCUGCGCCGGUACAUCACGAAGUACCUCUCAAAAUUUUCGGACAGCGCGUCGCAAGACUGGCUCAACGACGACGCCGAUGCCACGAGCAUUGCCACCACGUUCUCAUGCGGUAUCAUCCGUUGGAGCCGGAGAUGA